AUGGCUGAAUUUAAACUUUGUCGUGCUCUCUUUAUUAGAAUCCUCAACCAAAAUCUUCUCCACUCCAUUACAAAUACUUUCCCUAUAAAAAGAAGUUGGGGGAGGAAGCAGACCAUUUUUGAACUAAAACAGGCUGCAAUAGCCUUUUUCCGAGGACUUCCUAACUUCAGCAAAGCUUUAGGUCCUGUUUUAGGUUGUUUGGCAACGUGUUUGAUUCAAUGUGGUCUAUGUUUUUCUUGGAUAAAGGGCAUUGCAGUUUUUAUUGGGCUUUGGAUGCGGAAGCAUAGGUCCAUUCUUGGUACCUUAAUUAUGCCGAUUAUUGAAGCUGCUGGCUUUGCUAUUGAUAUCAUGUCUUUUCGUUGGAGAUGGAUGUUCAUCAAUACUAUUAGUCCUGACGUUUGCUGCUAUAGAGUGAAAGCUCAGCCUCCGUGGUGAGAUAUGUUCUCAAUGUACCUUAGACUAGUGUUACAAUUUGUCUUAUCUGGUGCUCUUAUUGUAAUAAGCAUGGUUCAACUAGCAUUUCAAGAGUAUCAUAAAAAUCUGAAUCUUCCAUU